AUUAGAGUUUUAAUAAUCAAAGUGUCAUUUAUAACAGAGGUAAGGAACUUUGUUUUGUUUUAAAUGAUUUUUAAAGCCAUCAAUGUUCCUUUUGGACCCCAUCCUAUUUCCACUGAAGGCAAAACUCUCACUGACAUCCGAUGAAGUAGCUGUAGCUCACAAAAGCUUAUGCUCAAAUAAAUUGGUUAGUCUCUAAGGUGCCACAAGUACUCCUUUUCUUUUUGUGAAUACAGACUAACACGGCUGUUACUCUGAAACCUGACUUCACUGGAUCACUGACUUCACCUGCAGGAUAAGGCCUUUAAUGAUACCAUAGCUGAGAAAUCAAUACAGGUUGAAUCCCUCUAAUCCUGCACUCCCUGGUCCGCUAACAUCCAUGGUCCGGCAUAGGCGACAACUCCGUGGGUGCUCCAGGGCUGGCGCCAAGCUCCCCCCUCAGUCCCCUCCCCCAGCGCCGCUUGCAUACCGGUGGCCUCGCGCUUACCAACUCCUCCUCCUCCCUCCCAAUGCUUCCAGAAUGCUGCGAACAGCUGAUUUGUGGCAUCCAAACUCCGGGAGGGAGGGGGAGGACCUGGGGACAGCAGCUGGGACCCUGGGCGAGGAGCUAGCAGCUGAGACCUGGGGCCGGCAUCAGAGUCCCCGGGUGGGGGGGGCCACACUGGGUGCAAAGCUGGGGGUGAUGCAUCACCCCCUGCACCACCCCUAUUUCCCGCAUCUAUGGAGACCCGCUGGCACUCUGCAUUGAUCUCCCGUGGUUCAGAAAAUUCACUGAUUCAGCACUGGUCAGGUCCCAGGAUGCUGGACUAGAGAGGUUCAACCUGUAUAAUGCUACUGAUUAAUUAUUUUUAGGAUCUUGAUAUCUAAGAGCUCUUUAAAAUUAUGCCAAUAAAAUUGUCAUUAAUUUGUUUCUUCUGUUUGUAUUAAAUUAAUCUGCAUUUUACACUAUAUAAUGUGAAAAAAAUAGUUAUUGCAACUGGUCGUAACAUGCUAUAUUGUCACAUGCAGUAUCACCUGACAAAACGAGUUACCGGUUAAAUUAAUAGCCAGGGGAAAAAAAUAAGGAUGAAAAGUAAAGGGUGUCUCCAAAAUUCCUUACAGUUGUGUCAAGAAGCAGUUACGCAGAUCAAAAAAUAUGGUUGCUGCUGACAACAUACUAUAAUUUGCACAUAUCAUUUAAGAAGCCUGCUAAGUUUCCUUCACAUUGUUUCCAAAACGGCUUAAAGGAGUUCACAAAUCCCUUCCCAAUACAGGCCGCUCUUCCAAACCAGAGUGGAGGCCAGGGCCAGAUUAACCUUUUGUGGGCCCAUUCAUGGAGGCAAUGGAGCGUGGUGGGGGGAGUGAAGGGCCAGCCAGGGGCAAUGGAGCAUGGCAGGGGCAGCCCCCUCCGCCCAGCCCAGUGCGAGGGCACUAGUCACAAACCAGCAGUUGCCAGACGCACAGUGGCCAACUAGCCCUGUGCUGCCAGCAUGCCCUUUCCCCUCGGGGGGCAGGCCUAUGUUGUCUUGGGGCGCAGUACAAGCGGAGCAGUCCAGGUCCCCUUCUGAGCAUGGGCCCGGCUCCAUGGCACCAUUGUAAACCUGGCACUGGUGGAGGCCUCCCCAGAGCACACCAAAGGGCAGAGGACAUCUAAUACUGUAACAGAUUUAUUCCUUCAUCAGGUAAUGACUUGACAUAGAUUUUAUAGAAUAUAAUACCAACAGGGACACACACACUGGCUAUUACUGUGUGUUCACUGGUGAAUAGCUAUAAUUAUUCUUCAGCCUUUGCCUUUCUUCCUCCCCAUCUGAAAGUGUUUCUCUCUUCCCUUUUCAGUCUUUGAAGGGGAAAGCAGCUGUAUGGAUCCAGCACCCAGCGAUCACGUUUCUGAUACGGUCGGUUGUUUUCUCUCUGUACACAGUCACAAGCCCAUGGGGCCACAUUAGCCUUGGCGUUUGGGGGGAGCAGGUGGGCUGAGAAAUCUGUUCAUGUUGAGGGGAUGAAGGGGCGCUCAUCCCCAACUCCCCACCAUUAUUAAAGAAACAUUUUAAUUCUCCUCCAGCCAGUGGCUCCUGCCCCCGUGCGAGUAACAGCCUGGCCCCUCCCCAGGGUCCCGCCUCCUCCUCCGCUCGCACAGCAACAGACUGAGCGGCCUCUGCAAUGUCAGCUCCGCAGAAGCUGAGAACCUGCAGAAACAAGGCAGGGCGGCCGUGGUGCGGGGGCAGCUCCCCCCAAAGCGCUCUCUCCCCCUGUGCCAGGAGAAGGUAAACGGAGGGAAGGGCGAAGGGCGCCUUGGGCUGCGAUCGGAGAUUCCCCUGCCCCCCUCACCCGCCUUCUCGCUGUAUUACUCCGUCAGCCCAAACUAGCCCCGUCGGCUGCGGCACACGCAGCGCCCCGUGCCUGGCUGUAGCGGAUUCCACAACAAAGAGCCGGGGCCAGGAGCUGUCCGGCUGCCGCUGCUGAGAGGGAAACGGGGAGGCAGAGGGGGAUACUCAGGAGCCGAACAGAUCCCACCGUUCGCAGGGAAAAACCUGCAGCCGACAGAAUCGAGAGCGACAUUAACUCACCAGCUGGAGGAGGAGGGAAAUCUGGUACCUGAGCAGGUCCAAGGCUAGCGAGGGAAGGAAAGGGAAGGGGGGGGGGGGGAGGGGCAGCGAAGGGUAAAUCCCGCGGGCAGAGCUCGUGGCGUGGCUUGGCUCGAUAUUAACUGCAGGUUAGUCGGGAAGCAGCCGGCCAUCUGCAGGAGAAGCACCUCUCGGGGCGGGGGGGGGCGGGCGGUGCGUGGAGAGGGUUCCCCCCUUUCGAGGGGGGUUAUGGCCAUAGCAGUGGAGCUCUGGUGACUCCGGCAGCGGCUACAGUGCUGCAAUGCUGCCAGCAGCAGCCCCGGUGAAAGGAGGCGUCUGAGCAGAAGCAGCAUCGCCUCUCCCCAUCGUCUUUCUGUCUCUCCCGCCCUCCCUGCUCCGGGCUCAGACGUCUCCGUCGCCUUCACUCACGCCGAGGAGCGUCCUGCUCUCUGCAGAGGGGGCACGCCGGGGCUCGCCAAGCAGCGGCUCCAACAGAAACCGCCAAACACAACAUGGCCACUCUGCUCCGGAAAAUCGGGCUCAUCCGACUGCACAACAGGGACACGGAGGAUCCCAAGCACCAUCACCACCACCACCGCAGCAGCCAGCAGGGCUCCUCGCUCCGAGCCAAGGGCAGCCAGAAGAACAGCAGCAACAAGCAGCAGGGCAGCGCCGGCUGCAGCAGCAGCAGCAGCCCCCGCAAGGAGGGCAGCCCAGCGGGCAACAAGGCCAAGAAAGUGCUGGAGCCCUCCAAGCAGCCGCCGCAGCAGCCCGGCUCGGGGGGCCACAAGGAGAAGCCCCCGCACCACAGCGCCAAGGAGCCCGGCUCGGGUAAGGAGCCCAGGCCCCAGCUGCUGCCGGGGGGGAGCAGCAGCGGCCGGGCCGGCUCUGCCCCGCUGGUGCCGCCCCCGUCGGGCUCUGCCCCAGUGGCGCCCUCGGGCAGGCAGCAGCACUGCACGCAGGUGCGGAGCCGGCGGCUGAUGAAGGAGCUGCAGGACAUCGCCCGGCUGAGCGACCGCUUCAUCUCUGUGGAGCUGGUGGACGAGAGCCUGUUCGACUGGAACGUGAAGCUGCACCAGGUGGACAAGGACUCGGUGCUGUGGCAGGACAUGAAGGAGACCAACACCGAGUUCAUCCUGCUCAACCUCACCUUCCCCGACAACUUCCCCUUCUCGCCGCCCUUCAUGAGGGUGCUCAGCCCCCGCCUGGAGAACGGCUACGUGCUGGACGGCGGGGCCAUCUGCAUGGAGCUGCUCACCCCUCGCGGCUGGUCCAGCGCCUACACCGUGGAGGCUGUCAUGAGGCAGUUCGCAGCCAGCCUGGUGAAGGGUCAGGGCCGUAUCUGCAGAAAAGCUGGCAAAUCAAAAAAGUCCUUCAGUCGUAAGGAAGCUGAAGCAACGUUUAAGAGUUUAGUGAAGACCCAUGAAAAAUAUGGGUGGGUCACUCCUCCCGUUUCUGAUGGCUGAUAUUUGCACCCUGCACAUCAAUGCUAAACAAAACAACAAAACCAAGUACUAUGCUAUCUCCUCAGUGCUGUACACCACCCAUCCUUUUCUACUUCAGCUUCUGUUAGAUACCAUGAAUGUCAAGGAGACAUUUAAAUAAUUUGAUCUGUUUACAGAGGGAGAGAAAACAAAUGCUGUUUAGGAUUAUGUUUUAAGACUGGCGAAUAGUCAUCUUUAAGUCACUUUAGAGCGGAUGUUAUGAUUGUGUCAUUUGCCCCAUGCAGGCCAUAUUGUCUUCAUCUUCUUUCCAUGACAGCAGCACCAGACAUCAGUACUGGAAAUUCCAUCCAUUACUGCUCAGUUCAUUUAAAUGUAGAAAUGAAGCAGUUAAUAUUUAAUAGGGAAGCAGUGCAUUGCAGGUACAUGUUUGCUGUGCUGUUUAUCUUUGUUUCCUAGCAGGUCAACAUAACUUGAAGAUGUGUCUUUAUGUGGAGCUGUGGUCCUCUGUGACUAAAUUUAGACCUCAUGUGUGCUCUAUAUAUGACCUUUAAUUCAUAAAAGCAGAAUUAUAACAAUGAAAGAUUCUGGUGUUGAAAAACUGUUAAAUGAAAUCACCCAAAUGGUCAAAUUUUGCUAUCUAUGCUGGUAUUGUGGUAUGCUGUCGUUCAGAGAUAAACUAGUGUGAUUAGAUCAGGUGAUAUGUCAGAUACCAGAUGCACCCACUAUAGGGCUCAAAGUCGUUGAUGGUAGAAUAGUUUUUAUCUUCCCAGUACAAUGCAGUACUCCUACAACAGCAUGUUUGCCUGUCAGCUUUUCAACGGCAAUACUAAAACCAAAAAGCAUAAAUGAACCUUUAAAAUUUAUGAGUCAUUUUAAAAUGAUGUGCCAAUAACAAAGUAAAAGUCAGAUUUUUCAAAGAAAGUGGAACAAUUGGUUUGUAAAGAUGAUUUGCAUGGUUGAAUUUUUUAUUUUUACUCAAUAGACAUUGUAUGUACUUUGAGCCCCGUAUCUGAGAAAACCCACUGAUGUAUAUAAAUGUCCUGUUAUUUAAUCAUUAAGAUUUAAUUUUUCUCUUUUGUUCAAUAAUUUAAAAUCUUUCUAAGACUCCAUAAAAUCUGGAGAUAAUGUUUAUAAUAAUAUAUUGAAACAGCUUAAAAAUGUGGAAUCCAAAUGGAAAAUCAUAUUGGACACAUUCUGAAUAAAAUCACCAAUACCGUUUCAUUGCCUCAAGAAUUCAAUCAUUUUAGGCUAAUUUUGUUUUCAAAUUAUUAGAUGUAUUACUGUGAAACGCUAGAAAUCUUAUUGAUACAUAAUGCCUGCUCUGGCAGCAUUUUCAAUAGAAAGCAGGACAUUAUUGAUUGCAGUCCAGAAAAAAAAUAUAAUGCGUUUUUAGAGAACUCUCCAUUACAUGCCUAACACAAGAGUAGGCCACUGCUUUUAAUCAAAAUGGCUGAACAGUCUCUGGUUACAUUUUAACAGCACAGAAGAAGUCUUUUAUUCUAACUAUUUAUGGUGCUUUGCGGGGUUUUGGCUUGAUUUAAAGCUGCACAGAAUAGAAAAGCACAAAUGAAUUAACUAUAAAUCAGAGUGUUGUAGGGCCAGUAUAGCACAGUACUCCUACAAGAGCAUGUUUGCCUGUCAUCUCUUAAUUGGAGAAGCAAAAAUGCAUUAAUCAACCUUAAAAGUAUCUGACUCAUUUUACAAAAGAAUUUUAUUGUGUUCCCUUCACCCCCUCCACCCCUGCACCAGUGCUGCUAGUCUCCAUUGCCCCCUUGUCCAGGUCUCUCAUAAGCAUCUUGGUGCUUUCUUCUGUACCACAUCUUCUAUGUGAAACAUCCUCCCCAAAUUAUUCCAUAAAGCCAUUACCCUCUUCUCCAAAUCCCUCUUCUGCAAGACCCACUUCUUCCAACAACCUAUGGGAAACUGACAGAUGAUAGUGCCUAAGUAGAUGGAUGUAGGGACUUCUGAUUGUUUUGUUUGUUUGUUUAUCUAUAUAUAUUUUGGCAAAAUGACAGUCUCAAAACCAUUUAGUUGUUUACUUAGCUGGCCUAUGAAAACACAUGUUUUUAUUAUGGUUUCCCUCACCCUUCCUCCUUCGUUUGUUACAGCCAUUUGGUAUGUCUUGCCUUAAUUAAACACUAAUUACGGACAGGACUGUCUUUUACUCUAUUUUGUAUACAGUCUGGCAAAAUUUUAUCUGAUCCUGAUUUGUGAUUUAGGGUGUUACCAUGAUACAAAUACAUAAAUGAGAAUUUCUCCCUCGGACCUAUGUAUCAUCUCCGUUCAGUGAUGAGUCACACACAGCAUUCAAGUGCAGAAUGUAGAGCUCAACAAAAUUUAUAGUCAUCUAUUUGUUUGAUGUAUUUAUUUUUAUAAACUUGAUCUUUUUUUUUUUUUUGCUUUGUUUGUUUCUGUUGCGGAAAAAGAAGCUAGUAUAUUUUGUUAGGCAUCAAAUAACUUGCAACCUCCACCGUGGUUACUAAGUGCUAGAAACAUUGAGCACUAAAAGGAGUGAGAGAGAUUUUCCUGCUAAUGGGUUAUUUCUUAGAGCACUUACUACACACAUCACAUCAGAAUUCUGUUAAAAGCAAUCUAUAAUGCUGAGGUAAAUCCACUGGGGAAUGUUACUAUCUCUGUGAUUUAUUCUCUGUCCUUUUUUUCCUAUCAACUCAUUAUUUUAAACAUAGAAUAUCAGGGUUGUAAGGGACCUCAGGAGGUCAUCUAGUCCAACCCCCUGCUCAAAGCAGGACCAGACCAAAUACUGUCCCUUAUUUUUGCCCCAGAUCCCUAAAUGGCCCCCUCACAGAUUGAACUCACAACCCUGGGUUUAGAAGGCCAAUGCUCAAACCACUGAGCUAUCCCUACACCCCCAAAAAGAAAAAAAAAUCCUAACACUGUUGCUGUUAUUGCCUUUAAGUGGAACCCAUGGUUUUGAGAUACCCACAGGCAUGAUAAUAUCAAUUUAAUGUGACAAACUAUUUGGGACAUUUUGGCAAAUAGUUAUGGUCAAAGAAGAAAGUAAAUGUCAAAAUGUUUUGUUUUGGAAAUGCUGCAAAGAGCCUUUGUAUUUUCAUUAAGCUCAAUAAGGUAUUUAUGUAGAGAACAGUGUCCCUUGAGGGGUCUAAUUUCUUUAGCUAAAGGUCAAGUAGCCAUAUAGCCAAGUCUUCACCCCCAGUGUCCUAGACAGGAGGCCAGGUUAGUCUUAGUCUAUUGGUCUCCUUUGUCCAGGUUCUUUACCGAUAAGGCCACUUGACCCAGAGACCCCUUCUGAAUAAAUGGUGACCAUUCUUCCUGAGAAUCAUGUAUUUCAUGUUUAAUUAAAGGGUUCUGUGAAAUAAAG